UCCCUCCUCGCUGCACAGUUUGAUAUUUCUCUCUGUUCUGUCUCUGUUUACAGUGGAAGAAGAUGGAGCAGGAAACAAACUCAUCAGAUGACUACUCCGAUUAUAACGGGUCCAUAAUUGAACCUUGUCACUACCAGAACAACCACAGCAUUGAGCUGAUCAUCGGCACGUACGUGCACUCCAUCAUCUGCAUCCUGGGCUUCGUGGGGAACAGCCUGGUGAUCAUCACAUACGCUUUCUACAAGCGGACCAAGUCCAUGACGGACGUGUACCUGCUGAACGUGGCCAUCGCCGACCUACUCUUCGUGCUGUUGCUGCCUCUCAUUGUGUACAACGAGCUGUCGGCAUGGCCGAUGGGGCCGGUGGCGUGCAAGCUGCUGCGCGGCUCCUACAGCGUGAACCUGUACAGCGGCAUGCUGCUGCUCGCCUGCAUCAGCACCGACCGCUACAUCGCCAUCGUGCAGGCCCGUCGCAGCUUCAGACUGCGCUCGCUGGCUUACAGCCGCGUCAUCUGCACCAUCGUGUGGGCAUCCGCCGUACUGCUGUCCGUCCCGGACUUUUACUUCUACCACUGGUACGAGCCGUCCCACAGCGUGAUCAUGUUCAUGGAAGAAGAUGAAGUCGAAGAAUUAAUGAAUAUGCCUCCACAGUAUGUCUGCGAGUUCAGGUUCGUGGACAAAAACACAGCGUUUAAUGCCAAGAUGGCGGUGCCCAGCACACAGCUGGCCGUGGGCUUCAUCCUGCCGCUGCUUGUCAUGGUCUUCUGCUACAGCGCCAUCAUCGUCACCCUGCUGAAAGCCAGGAACUUCCAGCGGCACAAAGCAGUGCGGGUGGUGCUGGCCGUGGUGGCCGUGUUCAUCGUCUGCCACUUGCCGUACAACAUCACACUGCUCUACAACAUCGCCAAUAUGUUCAAGCUGCAGUCUUGCGAAGACUCGGACAUCCUGAAAGUGGCCUUGACGGUGACGCAGACCAUCGCCUACCUGCACUGCUGCCUGAACCCGGUGCUGUAUGCCUUCGUCGGCGUGAAGUUCAGGAACCACUUCAUGAGGAUCAUGCAGGAUCUGUGGUGUCUGGGGAAGAGAUACAUCGCCCCUGGAAGGUUCUCCAGGGUAACCUCCGAGAUCUACGUGUCCACCCGUCGAUCGGUGGACGGAUCCAGCGAAAACGGCUCGUCUUUUACCAUGUGAGGAUGCCCGGCGGGUUCAUGUGUGGAGCAGUAACAUCCCUCCUAGACCCAAAGACCAGAAACUCUCCUCCUAGACCCAAAGAUCCAGAAUCUUCCCUCCUAGACCCAAAGAUCCAGAAUCUUCUCUCCUAGACCCAAAGAUCCAGAAACUUCCCUCCUAGACCCAAAGAUCCAGAAUCUUCUCUCCUAGACCCAAAGACCAGAACCUCCCCUUCUAGACCCAAAGACCAGAAUCUUCUCUCUUAGACCCAAAGACCAGAAUCUUCUCUCCUACACCCAAAGACCAGAAUCUUCUCUCCUAGAACCAAAGACCAGAAUCUUCUCUCCUAGACCCAAAGACCCAGAAUCUUCCCUCCUAGACCCAAAGACCAGAAUCUUCUGUCUUAGACCCAAAGACCAGAAACUUCUCUCUUAGACCCAAAGACCAGAACCUCCCCUUCUAGACCCAAAGACCAGAAUCUUCUCUCUUAGACCCAAAGACCAGAAUCCUCUCUCCUAGACCCAAAGACCAGAAUCUUCCCUCCUAGACCCAAAGACCCAGAAUCUUCCCUCCUAGACCCAAAGA